UUUUCAGAGAAGUCAUUAUGUAGGCCUACAUAAUUUCACAAGAUGCAUCUGGAUGGGAGGACACCACAACCCAAGUUUCACAACUCGAGUUUAAGGAACAAGUUAAUAAUUAAUACAAUGACAGCUUAACAAAUACAUCAAGUAAGGUAAAGAAAAAACAGAAAAGGAACAAUAUAACGAUGGAUUAAAGCUGCACAGGAUACUGGAGCACAUCCAUUCAUAAAGUCAGAAAGACAUUCGGUGCCCAUGGAUACGGAGACAAUCGUGCCAUCCAUCCAACCCAGACGAAAAACCCGCUUGAGCUUCAGCACCAACAUGAGUGUACGUUAUGGCUCCAUGGGCUCAGAUGUACCAGAUGGCGAUACAUCAUCAACACAGAUAUCUGCCAUCUCUCCGAGACGCUCCUACAUCGCUGUGGCAGUUCUCUGCUAUAUUAAUCUUCUCAACUACAUGGACCGCUAUACCAUAGCAGGUGUGCUGCCCAGCAUCCAGGAAUACUUUAAAAUUAGUGACAGCACAUCAGGUCUCCUUCAAACAGUUUUUAUCUGUAGCUUUAUGCUCCUGGCGCCGGUUUUUGGUUAUCUCGGGGACCGUUACAACAGGAAGUACGUAAUGAUUGCUGGGAUGAUUGUGUGGCUUGGCACAACCCUGGGCAGCUCUUUCGUUGGAAAGUCGCAAUUUUGGGUUUUGAUCUUGACAAGGGCAUUGGUUGGAACAGGAGAGGCCAGUUACUGUACCAUUGCUCCGACUAUCAUUGCCGACUUGUUCACUGGCACCAAGAGAACUGUCAUGAUCUCCUUUUUUUAUAUAUUUAUACCAGUCGGAAGUGGUCUUGGUUAUAUAUUAGGCGCAACAAUAGCAAAUGCAACAGGGGACUGGCGAUGGGCACUGAGGCUCAAUCCUGUUCUGGGUGCACUGGGUCUGGUGCUCCUGGUGUUUCUGAUUCCCAAUCCUCCUCGCGGAGCCGCAGAAGGCCACGGAGACAGAGUCUUGGAAAGCACCUCGUACCUCGAGGACGUCAAGUACCUCCUGAAGAAUCGCAGCUUUGUCUGGUCUUCUUUUGGUGUGACUGCCAUGGCUUUUGUCACAGGGGCUCUGGCAUUCUGGACCCCGACCUUCUUGUCACGUGCACAGGUUGCACAGGGCCUCAGGCUACGUUGCAACAAGGAGCCUUGUGACCCUUUGGACAGUUAUAUCUUUGGUGCCAUCACAGUGGUGACGGGGAUUGUGGGAGUUUUUCUGGGCACCUUCAUAGCAAAGAAACUGAGAGUCAGAGUGCCCAACGCAGAUCCUCUUAUAUGUGCUGUGGGGAUGCUCAGCUCCUCCCCCUGCUUCUUCAUCGCUGUUAUCCUGGCAUCCACUAGCAUCCCGGCCACCUAUAUUUUCAUUGCAAUUGGAGAGACUUUGCUGUCGCUUAACUGGGCUAUUCUAGCUGACAUUCUAAUGUACGUUGUCGUGCCAACAAGAAGAUCGACGGCUGAAGCUUUACAGAUAUUGGUCUGUCAUCUUCUUGGAGAUGCAGGAAGUCCAUACCUUAUUGGUGCGAUCUCAGAUGCUCUACUGAAAUAUUAUCCAGAUACUCCUAGUUGGGAAUUUCGUCGACUGGAAUAUAGCGUUCUUCUCUGCCCCUUUAUUGGGGUCCUGGGUGGUCUGUUUUUUCUAAUGACCUCUUUAUACAUCAAAGAGGACAGGAAAGCAGCAGAGAUGCUUGUUUCAGGACAGACUACCAGAGAACCGACAGUAUCCACAGUGUCAUGACAAUGAUAAUAAACAAACAAGGAUCGAUGGACAGAUUUUAGACAUGCUUAAAUGACAAUGAGUCAUACUUGUGUGUGUCAUCUCUUACACAUUUUUUAUAUAUAGGCCUGCAAUGAUGAGCUGUUUUUACAUUGAAAUAUUUUGUUAUUGUUACUGAUGUAUUUUGAGAAAGUGUGCUCGUCACCAUUUUAGAGCUGAUUCUGUCAGAAACCGGCUCAGAGGAACAAUAUUAGAGGGGGCUUCCCUUUCUAGACUAAAAAAAAGAAUGUAUUUUGUGCCAAAUGAAUACUAAGGUGUACAGACUGAAACAGAAAAUGUGUUAAUAGGCUUUAAUAUGCUUUUUAUUAUCAAAAUUAUUUUUACUUUUACUUUUAAAUAAAUGCACUUUGUCUACAUCGUC